AUGGAGCCGCAAAAGCAAGCCACCUGCGAAUCGGCGAUUCAGCUCGGCGAUCUGACGAUCAACGCGAAGGGCGGCAAGUACGUCCCCCUGCGCCGGAACGGCGGUCCGCCGCCCGACGAGGCGUCCACGGCGCAGCUCCGGGAGAUCGAGCAGCACCUGGUCAGGGCCCUGACGGCGCGGUCGCUUUCUGAGCCGAAGGUCUUCGGCAAGGUUCUGACCGAGACGGACGUGAAGCUGGACUGGGGGCGAGUCCGCAUCUGGGGGCCCAACCAGGAGGAGCUGGCGGAGCCCGGCGACCUCGCCGGCAGGGAGUGCAAGGUCCGGUGCGAGCUGCGCCAAGUGUGGGUGAUGUCCAACCAGUGCGGCCUACUGCUCGAAGUGACGGAUCUGCAGCUCAAAGCCUACGAGGCCGCCGGUCCG